GAGGCGGCACGAGCCUCGGAGAACACUGAAAAGAACAAGUGGCGGAGUGCGUGAAGCAGUUUCUGCGACACGAUGGUGAUUGUCCUUCAUACAGGGGCGGUCAUGCCCAACAUCGGUCUGGGCACCUGGAAGUCUCCAAAAGGUCAAGUGGCUGAAGCAGUGAAGGCAGCCAUUGACACAGGAUACCGUCACAUUGAUGGUGCAUAUAUUUAUGAGAAUGAGAAGGAAGUGGGUGAAGGCAUACACCAGAAGAUUAAGGAAGGGGUAGUAAAGCGUGAAGAUCUCUUCAUUGUCAGUAAGCUCUGGUGCACCUUUCAUGCAAAAGAUAAAGUGAAGGAGGCCUGUUCUAAAACCUUGACUGACCUGAAUCUAGACUAUUUGGAUCUCUAUCUUAUUCACUGGCCCAUGGGAUUCAAGGCUGGUGGUGAGAAUCUUCCUUUGGAUGAGAAUAACUUGAUAAUACCAAGUGACACUGAUUUUCUUGACACCUGGGAGGGUAUGGAAGCUUUAGUUGAUAACGGAAUGGUUAAAGCUAUAGGACUGUCCAACUUUAAUGAGGAGCAGAUUGGCCGGAUCCUGAAUAAACCAAAUCUGAAACAUAAGCCUGCAGUCAACCAGAUUGAAUGCCACCCUUACCUGAGUCAAGAAGAUCUGAUCUCCUAUUGCCAUUCAAAUGGCAUUGUUGUGACUGCCUAUAGCCCAUUGGGAUCUCCAGAUAGACCAUGGGCAAAAAAUAACGACCCUACGCUUCUCGAGGAACCUACACUCCAAAAUAUAGCUCGAAGUCAUGGUAAAACAGCAGCGCAAGUCUUGAUCCGUUUCCAGAUUCAGAGAGGUCUGGUUGUAAUUCCCAAAUCUGUUACCAAAAGUCGCAUUCAGGAAAAUUUUCAGGUUUUUGAUUUUGAGUUGACUGAUGAGGAAAUGGAGACUAUCCUCUCCUUUAACAAGAAUUGGAGAUACUGCCCAAUGCAUUGGUGUGUUGGGCACAAGGACUACCCAUUCAAACAUUAAACACACCCACGUGGGACAUUUCAAUCAUGUUUUUGAAGAUUUGUUGCUUCUCCUGUCUGGUUCGGCUUGAACAGCAGAAUUCAUCAAAUGCAUCUUAAAAGCAGACAGUUUGUUGUUUUAAAAACGAUGUAAUGGUGUACUGUAGGUUUUUAGUGAUCUUGUUUUCCAAUUAUGUACACAGUGAACAUCUGUAAACUGUCACUACUUCUGUAAUGUAUUUGAUUGUAUUAUGUCCCUGAUGCAAAUAAACAUUUUUGGAUGGUAA